UCUCACGCGACUACUCGGUGGGAUUUUCGAAAUUUAUCAAAACAUUCUAGGAGAAGGCUCGUUCCCUUUCCGGUGGACAUGCCACCGUUAUCUUUCUCUCGUCUCGGGAAGUCUUUGCCAUUCUCCGGGCUCUUCAGGUACUUGAGGAUUCCAUGCUUUUGAAUUUCAAGUUUUUGCUCAGUUUAUGAGGUAUUUUUUAUUGAGCAGGCAGCUUGAGCAAGAGAUGGAAAUUGUGAUAAAGGUGUUGCAGCCCGGACCACUGGGAAUUAUAGAACACAAAUUCUCUGCUGAAGCAAUACAUGAGGCACAUGCUACAGUUCGUAAAGCAGUUGAGAAUUGGCAGAGUAAUGCAAAGCUAGAGCAGAGAACCCAGGUCUUGAAAGACUAUGUCAAUUAUUGAAGCUGUAAGGAACAUGUGUGAUGUUUUGUCACGGAUACUGAUUAUAUAAACGCUUCUCUAUGCUUCCUUAAAGUCAUGAUAUUUUCCCCACCACGGCAUCAUUUAUUAAUACCUGGUGGUGCAAUAAUUUUCUUCUUGGUUUCCUUUGUUAUUCUAUGAUGUGGGAUGAAGUUCUUAUUUAUUUUUCUGAGUGAUUAGGAAAGCCUCUUGCGUUAUUCUUGACAACUGAGUUUUUGUAUUUGAAUAUUUGUCUUUAUAUUGACAAAUAUGGUAUUAAUUAAGGCCUUUUUUUACCAUUUAUUA